AUGGUUUUUGGCAAUGUUCAUGUUAAUCUUAAACAAGCGCAACUUAGGCUUGAGGGGGCUAUGAGGGAGACUGAUGAAGAUCCUUUCGAUGUUGAGAAACAAAAUCAUAUGAAGGAUGCGCAAGUUGAAGUGAAUGAUAUUCGUAUGCAAUUGGUGACAAUGUUGAAACAGAAAUCUAGGAAUCAAUGGUUGAUGGAGGGGGCUAGUAAUACUAACUUCUUCCAUAAUAACAUUCGUAUGAGAAGGAGUAAUAAUACUAUUUCGAAGUUGGUUAAUGAUUCGGGAGUUACAAUUACUGAUUGUGAUCAAAUUCGUGACAUGGUUGUAAAUUAUUAUCAAGCUAAGUGUAAUAGGGAUAAUUCAGUUUUGGAGAAUUCACUUUUUGAUAUAGAUCAUUACCGUAUCUCUACUGAGGAGAGUAAUUUUAUGGAUCGUUUGCCUACUGUGGAGGAGUUUCAUGAGGUUGUUUUUGACUUGGGAGCGGAUAGUGCUCCAGCUACUCGUUUGGGGAGUGUCCUGGGUAACUUGGUUUCUGAGGAGCAAGUGGAUUUUAUGAAGGAUAGAAAUAUCCAUGAGAACAUCUGUUUAGCUUCAGAAAUGGUGAAUGAGCUUCAUAUUAAACGCAAGGAGGGUAACGUGGGUUUGAAGCUUGAUAUUACUCAAGCUUUUGACACGAUUUUAAGGUCAGCUAGAAUUUCCGUCCUUGUUAAUGGUAGCCCGGAAGGUUUUUCAGUAUAG